CUGUCCUGCAGGACAAUGCCAUCCUCUAUCGCAUGGGGCCUCCAGCUGCUGGCCAGCCUAUGCUGCUUGCUCCCCGGCUGCCUGGCUGAAGACGGUCAGGAGACUGCUGCUCCCCAGCAGGACCAGAAACACCCAGCCUUUCACAGGAUCACCCCAAACGUGGCCGACUUUACCUUCAGCCUGUACCGGGAACUGGCUAAGCAAUCCAACACCCACAAUAUCUUCUUCUCUCCUGUGAACAUUGCCGCAGCCUUGGCCAUGCUCUCCCUGGGCACAAAGGGCACUACCCACACAGAGAUCCUGGAGGGUCUGGCCUUCAACCUCACAGAGAUUACGGAGGCAGAUGUCCACGCAGGCUUCCAGAGCCUCCUCCACUCCCUCAACAGGCCCAGCAACCAGCUCGAGCUGACCACAGGCAGUGGCUUGUUCAUCAAUGAGAACCUGAAGCUCCUGGAGCCAUUUUCAACGGAUGUGAAGAACCUGUACCAGUCAGAGGCCUUCACUGUUGACUUCACUGACUCUGAAGAAGCCAAGAAGCAGAUCAACAAAUAUGUGGAGAAGGGUACACAGGGGAAAAUUGUGGAUCUGGUGAAAGUCCUGGACAAAGACACCAUGCUUGCCCUGGUGAAUUACAUUCUCUUUAAAAGCAAGUGGGAGAAACCUUUCAACCCGGAGCAAACCAGAGAGGGGGACUUCCAUGUGGAUGAGGCCACCGUGGUGAAGGUGCCCAUGAUGUACCAGAUGGGCAUGUUCCGAGUCCAUUACUGCAGCAAGCUGUCCAGCUGGGUCCUACUGAUGGGCUACCAGGGCAAUGCCACCGCCAUCUUCUUCCUGCCAGACCAGGGCAAGAUGCCACACCUGGAGGCCACACUCAACACAAGCAUCAUUAGACAGUUCCUGUGCACAAGUGACAUAAGCUCUGCAUCUAUAUACUUCCCCAAACUGUCCAUCUCUGGAACCUACGACCUCAAGUCUGUCCUUAGUGCACUGGGCAUCACCACGGUCUUCAGCAACGGUGAUGACCUUUCCAAGGUCACCGAGGACGUCCCACUGAAGGUCUCCAAGGCUGUGCACAAGGCUGUGCUGACCCUGGACGAGAAAGGAACCGAGGCUGCAGGGGCCACAUCUUUGGGUGGCGCGGGCAUGUCUCUUCCCCAGGAGGUGAAUUUUAACCACCCAUUCCUCAUCAUAAUUGUUGAUGAAGAGACUGAGAGUCCCCUCUUUGUGGGCAAAGUGGUGAAUCCCACAAAGCAGUGACCUCUCUAGGCAGGUCCUUUCCUUGAUGGCAUUAAACACAGGACAAGCUGGCCCAAGCCUCAUUCAGGGUGACCUUCACCUCUGUCA